CCUCAGCACCUAGAGACCAAGAGACCUCUUUACUCAUGGCUGAAGGGAAGGCAGGAGUUCUCUGGGGCUUCUCUGGGCCACUUUAAAGUCUGUCACCAAGAAAGGACAAGGUCUUCGAGCUCCUGCAGAAGUCUUGUUCGCUGCUCUCAGUCUUGUGGCUGCUUCUUCAUUUCUGCAUCAUUUGUGGGAAUUUGCUGAUUCCCGCACCCAGAACAGAGACACAGAACCACACAGAAUGAGCGCAUGAAUGAGGAAAUCAUGACUGAGAGUCCUGAGAAGCAUGGGAGGAAGGAAGAUGGCAAGAGACGAGGAAAGCGCCUACGGCUUGGAGGAGGAUUCACAGGCCCCAAAGGGGCCCCCACUGAGGCUCAUCCUGGUAGGUAGGACCGGGACCGGCAAGAGUGCCACUGGUAACACCAUCCUGGGCCGGACCUGCUUCGUAUCCAAGCUAGGGGCUGUGCCUGUUACCAGAUCCUGCUCCUGGGCCAACAGAAAAUGGGCCGGUUGGUAUGUAGAGGUGGUGGACACCCCGGAUGUCUUCAGCUCUGAGGUCAAACAGACCGACCCUGCUUGCUUGGAGACAGCCUGCUGCUUCCUACAGACAUCGCCCGGGCCGCACGCGCUGCUGCUGGUCACCCAGCUGGGUCGCUUCACCACUCAGGACAGCCAGGUGCUGGCCAGGGUGAAGCGGGUGUUCGGGGAGCAGGUGAUGACGCGGACUGUGGUGGUGUUCACUCGCAAGGAGGACCUGGCAGGAGAGUCUCUGCAGGAUUACGUGCGAUGCACAGAUAAUCGCGCACUGCGGGAGCUGGUGGCCGAGUGCGGGGGCCGCGUGUGUGCCCUAAACAACCGAACCACUGCCCGCGAGCGCGAGGCACAAGCUGAGGAGCUGCUGGGCCUGGUCGCUGGUCUGGUGAGGGAGCACGGGGGCGCGUACUACUCCAAUGAAGUGUAUGAUCUGGUGAGGACCCUGCGGGGCUCUAACCCUGAGGACCAAGUCAGCAAGGUGGCAGAGAUGGUGGCAAGACGCAUGCAGAGGCCCCUGCGCACCAGGCUGCUAACUGGGCUGUGGGACUGGCAGAAAUCUUACAGAAAGAGCUGGAGACGGGGCGUGGCCUUCCUGGGUGUGGCCUUCCUGAUCUACCUGCUGGUCUACAGAAAGGCGCCUCAGACCAUUGGGGACCAGAAUAGCAGAUUUCCAGAAGAAAUGGAAGGCCUCCGGAAGAGCACAUAUGGAGCCAUAGUUGAAGGGAGCGGGGAAGCCUACUGUGGAGCAGAAUCGGGCUGCCUGAGGAUCCUCCUGGUGGGUAAAUCUGGCUGCGGGAAAAGUGCCACAGGGAACAGCAUCCUCGGCCGACAAGCGUUCAAGUCCAGGCUCAGAGCCCAGUCAGUGACCAGGACCAGCCAGGCAGAGACGGGCACAUGGAAGGGAAGGAGACUGUUAGUGGUAGACACGCCCCCCAUCUUUGGGUCAAAGGCCCAGAACCAAGACAUGGACAAGGACAUUGGAGAUUGUUACCUGCUGUGUGCCCCAGGACCCCACGUGCUGCUGCUGGUGGCCCAGCUGGGACGCUUCACAGCUCAGGACACCCUAGCCGUGAGGAGGGUGAAGGAGAUAUUUGGGGCAGGAGCCAUGAGGCACAUGAUCGUCCUCUUCACCCACAAGGAAGACCUGGCAAAUGAGACUUUGGAUGAGUUUGUGACCCACACUGACAACCACAGCCUGCGCAGCCUGGUCCACGAGUGUGGGAGAAGGUACUGUGCCUUUAAUAACAGGGCCUCAGGGGAAGAGCAGCAGGGACAGCUGGCAGAGCUCAUGGCCCUGGUGAGGGGGCUGGAGCAGGAGUGUGAGGGCUCUUUCCAUAGCAACGACCUCUUCCUUCAUGCCCUUGUGCUCCUUAGCGAUGGCUGCCGUGAGUACCAGGAAGCCUACAGGUGGUACCUGGCCAAGGUGAGGCAGGAGGUGGGGAGGCAGAAGCGGGAGCUGGAGGAGCAGGAGGGCAGCUGGGUGGCUAAGAUGCUUUGCAGAGUCAGGACAUGCUCAUGCUCCCAAAUCGCAGCAGCCGUCCUACUUAUUGGGUGUGGUUUGAUUUUUAUUGGCAUUUUAAUUACCUUGUAUGUUAACUGGUGGAACUGAGCCUUUUCAGGUGAUUUCUGCCAUCAGCGCCCUCUCCCGGGGUUCGCAUUUCUGUCUGCACCGGGGCACCUCGGUUUCGCUCUCAUUUGACUCCCUUGAAUCAAGUAUGAAAGAAAAAGAACGCAUUUCUUAAGUUGUGAGGGUGAAUCAAGGAGUUCCAUCAUAAAGGCCCGGGUGCUAAUACUCAGGCAUCUGCACUGGCCGGCCCUUAGGGUCCUGACAGGCUGCUCCUCAACUGCACCCCCUAAGAACACCCCAUGCACAUUCGCCAUGUUCCCUCAUAAAAGUCAAGCCUCGUCCACCUCCUGUCUCCUUCUCUUCCACCACUCUUGUCCCCAGGGACCAGGAUCUGGCCCUCUCUCUGCCCCCUUUUCUGACCCUUCUUUCCUCUUCCACUAAACCUCCACUAUGAGCCCUGCUGUAUUGCUUUACUCCUUCCUGCUGAUUUUUAAACUAUAAUAUUGGUGUCGGACCCGUGGCAGGCUCUUCUGGGCUUCCUCUUGCCCACUGGCAGCCUGAGGCAUGUCGAGACCCCGGAUCCCGGUCCACAGAUGACAGCCUCACUUGUCCAACUAACAGGUUGCUGAGCCCGGCUAACCAAAAUGGGCGUGAUUGGUGAGCCUCCCCUUGUCUGGCCAUUCCACACGAGUGAGGAUUCGUCGCUCCGCCAUGGUUUCUCACCUCUGGAACAAGCCCUGAUAUCAGUCAACCCAUGUGUCUCUUGGGGCUCAGCACACCAUGGCCCCUGGACCUUUGGGUGAUGACCCACUGGCCAGCUUCUGCCUUCUCAAUCAAUCCCCUCGGAACUCCUGGGACACUAGAAUUGCAGACCCUUGGCUCUUACUUCUCUGCCUCGCUCACGAGAACUGAAUCAUUGUCUACACCUCCAAGUGCUCAGGCUUUUAAGUGCUUCUAAAUUCAUCUGCCUUUGCGAACAAAUCUGGCCCAAAUGCCCCUUAGAUAUCAAUCCAAAUGGCGGCUUCUCAGCACCCUAUAUCCUGAUAUUUUAAGGGACCUUUGCUACAUUCUGUGAGUGAUCCAACAGAUGGAAGGGGUGCCCUGUUUUCAAGCUUUCUCUUAUCUCCACUUCAAGCCCUUUCUACAUUCUUUUUCCCGGUUCUUAUACUCAGCUUCGAAGCCCGUUAAGCUGCAUUUCCCCCUUUCAUUGAGUAAACAGACAACAAACUGGGGUUUUAUACAUCUAACUCUGCUUCUUUCAUUUAAGAAUUACAAAGUUAGUUUCCAAAGCAACAGUCCGCCUCUGCCGCUAAAGCAGUUUCGUGCUGCCAGGUCCCUUUCCGCCAUCAGCUGUGCACCGUGCGCACCCUUUAAAAGUGCCCGGCAGGCAGAGCAUGUAGUGGGGAGCUGCGGGCAGUGUUCCUUCGCCCCAGCUCCUGGUCGCUUGGCUAGCUUAUGCCCCAAAAUAACAACACACAAACUGUAUUCUUUUAAACACUGCUUGGCCCAUCAUAUCUAGCCUCUUCUCGGCUAACUCUUGCACCUGGACUAGCCCAUUUCUAAUAAUGUGUGUACCACCCCAAGGUGUGCUUACCAGGAAGAUUCUAGCCUACGUCCAUCCUGGGUUGGAGCUUCACCGUGUCUGCCCUGGGGAGCAGCUGCAUGGCAUCUGAGCUCCCUUCCUCUUCCUCCCAGCAUUCUGUUCUGUUUACUCCACCCACCUAUGUUCUAACUUAUGAGGGUCAAGCAGUUUCUUUAUUAGCCAAUGACCUUCCUCCAUCAUUUCCCCUUUUUCUGUUUAAACAAAAAGGAAAG